AUGCAGUCAUUGAAGAGCGACUAUGUCAAUGUCUGUCCUCUGACGAGACUUCUCCCACGUCCCAUCAACGACUUUGAUCCCAUCGUCAGAAGGGGAGAACAUGUGCAAGACGAGGUCAUUCGAGGAUAUGUUGAGGAUGAUCAAGACGAGGAAUGCCUCGAGGAACUUGAAUACCAGGUCGUCGUAGUGGGAGAAGACGAAGGCCCAGAUUCGGAAGUACAAGACCGAAUCUUUGUCUUCACAUCCACCAACAAACAUCGAUAUCAACGAAACCAGGUCUGGUUUCAUACUGCUGAGGAUGGUGGUGGAAACAUGAGCGAGCUGUGGAUUCAGUCCGCGCAGCUUCCUUCUUACCACGAGGACAGCACGGGUGACAUGUUUGAUGCGACCACAGCUUGUUACCAAACCACGUCGUCUCUUUACUUUGGACGAAAACCCACGGAUGCAAAGGAAGGGAUGGUUGAUCACGGAGUCACUAUCUGA